AUGCAUCAAACCUAUCCUCACUCGGUCCGAAACCAAUGCGAAUGGACCCCCGCGUCACCCCGUUACUACACUAGAGAACAAGACACUAGAGAAAAGCUUGUACUGCGACAAGUUCGUGGAAUUCCGGGCCACAUCAACUACUGCCUAACUUUUUGCGUCAAACUCCGAUAUACCAUGUCGGAUGCCGAAGCGGAGUUGAGAGCUCGCGGAGCCUGGAUCUCGCUUCGAUGCAUGCAGCCGUCUAUUGGAACCUUCUCGGAAGGCGCUCAUAUGAAGGUGUCGGUUCUUGAACCCGGCAGUGUGGAUGCGUGGACCUCCGAUACCUUUUUCGUCCAUGCAUCCGCUGAAUCGGCGCUUGCCCUGUCCUCGACAUUACAACCAACCACUGGGAUGGCGUUGCAUUUCCUUCCUCGGGCCAAGGAGGUGAUCAUGUGUGCCUCUCAUGAAAAGAUCGACGGUCAUGGCAUGGUCAUGCUGCUUGACCAACUUUGCAACUUGAUGGCGUUUCCAUCCCCACCAAUGUUCGAAGACCAAGCUGGACGACUUUCUCCUCCAUUGGAUAUAGCUGCGGAGAUAGGAAGCGCCUCCUUGGAAAUGUGGGAUUGGACUGCGGAUGUGUUGAAAGAGUGGAAAGCUCGAGCAGCUCAUCCCUUGUUCAUGACCACAGAUCGGCCAGGUCCUGCUGUCAAAGAAGUCAACACCGCCUUUUUGACCCUCUCAGAAAAUGAUUCGGCGGCAAUUUCCAGAUCAGCAGCCUUAGACGGCGUAUCUGUAAACGAUCUGAUGAAUGGUGCAUUGAUAAUGGCAGUAAAGCAACAUGGCAGGUUCGAGACGGGCAACUGGUUGGGCGGGGUGGUCAAAGACGCCAGACCAUUGUGCAAGCAUCCCUUCAACACCAGGGAGCAUGCAGCAACGGUAUACUUUGUUACGUGUCCAGCAUAUGUCGAAAACCCAAAAUCCAUACUGGAUGCUGCCAGGCAAAUCCGGGACCAGCGACUUGCGUUCAAGCGGAACCCAGAAGCGCUCCAAAUCGUGCAGCCUAUCCUCGGCAUCACGAGUGCAGGGGGCAACCAGAGCCAAAACCAGCGCCCGCAGAAAACGCCUCAAGCACAAGUGGAGUAUAGUGGGCUGGGAAGGUUAGAUGGGUUUUUGGGGCAAGCCCACGGCGACAUAGAGAUCGUUGACUUUUGGAUGACUGUUGGCCAUUGCACAGAAGCCAUCGGAAAGCAUAAACUCAUUCAUUCGCGUCUUGGAAACCUUGAUCAAGGGCGUCAUUGCUGCAAGAGGGCAAACACAUCAGCUGUAGACACAACAUUUGAAUUCAAAAACAUUCGCUUAGUAACAUUGAGUUCGGUCAGCUUUACGUUUCAUAGUAACUCUACUCAGGAGAUGACACCCUCUCUGAUUCAGUCGGAAGUUCAGCGAGCCAUUUUGAGUACUUCUUGUUCUGGAACACGUGCAAGGCCGAAUGAUCCGUCAAGGUCCGGCUAUAAGCUGCUCAUGGGCUGUUACAAAAGGUAA